UGUAUUUCUGACAUUCAUUCAGUCUCCAUUUAUUUUCGUAAAUUGUGUUGUUUUUGUACUUUACAAAUUGAAUAGUGAUAAAAUACUAAAAUAUAAAUCAAGUUGGUCUACGCCUCACAAAAAAUAUAUAUCGUAAAAUGCACCUAAUUAAAAAAUGUCAAGGAUUUCUAUUAUUGCGCGUGUAACCACGACCGGUAUGGUAGCAGCACCCCAGCAAGCGACAGGACAAGUCGCACCAAAUGGCAGUACUACCUUACCCAGAUCACAUCACCAGAGACCUGGGAGGCCACCUGCAGUUCCAAAAUCAUAUGAUUAUCUUCUAAAAGUAUUAUUAGUUGGCGACUCGGAUGUUGGUAAACAAGAAAUUUUACAAGAUUUAGAAGAUGGAUCUGCUGACUCUCCGUUUUGUAGUGGCAGCGCAUACAAAACCACAACAAUCCUUCUCGAUGGCAAAAGAGUGAAACUACAGCUAUGGGAUACAUCAGGCCAAGGCAGGUUCUGCACAAUCAUCCGCUCAUACUCACGAGGGGCACAAGGAAUACUGCUUGUGUAUGAUAUAACAAACAAAUGGUCAUUUGACAGUAUUGAUAGGUGGCUUGAAGAAGUUGAAAAGCAUGCGCCGGGUGUACCAAAAGUAUUAGUCGGCAAUCGACUUCACUUAGCAUUUAAACGACAAGUACAAGAACGCGACGCGGAAUUGUAUGCAGCUAAAAACCAUAUGGCAUUCUUUGAAGUGAGUCCGCUCUGUGAUUUCAAUAUACGGGAAAGCUUUUGUGAGCUCUCGCGUAUGGCGCUACAUCGCAAUGGCAUGGAACGACUAUGGAGAAGCAAUAAAGUCCUCAGUCUCCAAGAGCUCUGCUGCCGCGCGAUAGUGGCCCGCACGUCGGUGUACGGGCUGGAGCGGCUGCCGUUGCCGACGACGCUCAAGUCGCACCUCAAGUCGUACGCGAUCUCCGCCGCGCCGAGCCGGCACCGCGCGCGCGCGCACAAGCACCCGCACAACGCGCGACUCAACUGCACCGGCCGGAACUCGUGUAGCAUCACAUAAAGAUAUUCAACGAUAAAAACGUGUAGUGUCGAAAAUUAAAAAACACGCUUCACUCUUGAAAUUGUUGUAUAGUAACCGAUCCUUGAUAAGUGUACAAAGUUUGAAUUAUCUAAAGGUCGGUUACAUACAGAGAUACAAGUGAAGCUAAUAAA